UCAUCAUUAUCUCUCAGUGCCCAAAACGUGCAUUAUAAUUCAACUGCCUAUCUUCCCGCUUCGUGGAUCAACCACAUCUCUACUUCCAUGGUCAUCAACGACGCAGAUGGAAGUCUAACAAUGGCACCCAUCCUCCUGACUGAGAGUGAUGGACGAAGUUAUGUGUGCGGCUUUUACUGUAACACGGGAGGUAGUGAAUGCCUCUUUGGAGUCCUCAUUUCCCCAGGUGGGCUUCAUAUUAAUAGUGGAGAUCUAGUUUGGUCUGCUAACAGGAAUAAUCCUGUUCAGAAUAACGCAAAGUUGCAACUAAAGGAAGAUGGAGAUCUGGUUUUGGCAAACUCUGACGGCACCUUAAUAUGGUCCAGCAACACUAGAGGAAGGUCUGUUUCAGGCUUAAACUUGACAGAAAUGGGAAACCUGGUCCUAUUUGGCCCAAACAAUGAAUCCAUUUGGCAGUCUUUCGAUCAUCCCACCGACUCGUUACUUCUGGGACAAAAGUUGGCUCCUGGGCAGAAGCUGAUAGCUAGUGUUUCCGCAUCCGACUGGAGUCAAGGUCGGCUUUCUCUUGCUGUUGGCUCUGAUGGCUUGUCAGCUUACAUAGAGUCUGAUCCACCUCAAAGAUACUAUGUGUCUGGCAUCAAUAGUUAUCGUUAUUAUGAGUUCAGGAACGGAAGCUUCAAUGACUUUACCAUUCCUCCAGCAUUAGUAGCUCAAUUCAUGAAGUUUGGGCCCGAUGGGCAUUUAAAAGUGUAUCAGUGGGGAGCAACGGAUAAAUUUAUAGAGGUAAUUGAUCUUUUGAACCCGUAUGUUGGUGAUUGUGGAUACCCUAUUGUGUGCGGCAAAUAUGGGGUCUGUUCAAAAGGGCAAUGUGGUUGUAUUGAAACAACCAAUGACCAGGAGGGCUAUUUCAGCCAAAUAAUGUUCAGACAACCCGAUCUUGGAUGUUCGUUACUCACUCCAAUUUCUUGUAAUCACUCCCAAGAACAUAUUCUUCUAGAGCUAAAUAAUACAUCUUACUUUGCAUCUGAUUCAAGCUUAGACAGCAUAACGACGGUAGUGGAGGACUGCAAAAGUAGAUGUCUAAGUAGCUGUUCAUGCAAGGCAGCUCUGUUUUCUCACAAUGGAAAUCGAUGGGAUAGAGGCAAUUGCUCAUUACUAAAUGAAGUUUUUUCUUUUAUUGACAAUGAGUAUUAUAUCGGAUCACCUUAUAAUACGACUCUCCUCGUUAAGGUGCAGAAUACUCGUGUCAACACGUCAAGGCGUAAAACAGUUAUACUGGCAUCAACAUUUGGGGCUUUCUUUGGUGUGGUAUGUUUAAUCGGCUCUUGCCUGGUUGUUUCAAGGAGAAUAUUCAAGGAAUCCAAUGAAAUUGAGGGGGAUUUUCUGAAGAAGGUACCGGGAAUGCCUACAAGAUACUCUUAUCAGAACUUGAAAGCAAUGACAGAAGAUUUUAGCAAAAAACUUGGGGAAGGAGGAUUUGGUUCUGUUUAUGAAGGGACACUAAUUAAUGGCGCAAAGAUAGCAGUCAAGUGUCUUGAUGGUUCGGCUCAACUGAAGGACUCGUUUUUAGCGGAAGUGCAGAUAAUCGGGAGCAUCCACCAUGUUAACUUGGUAAAACUUAUUGGUUUUUGUUUUGAGAAAUCCCACCAGCUUUUGGUUUACGAACAUAUGGCUAGUGGUUCUUUGGAUAAAUGGAUUUUUGGUGAAAUGCAAAGCUAUUCUCUUCCAUGGAGGACGAGGAGAAAAAUCAUCUCGGACAUUGCCAGGGGAUUAGCUUAUCUCCACGAAGAUUGCAGUAAGAAAAUAAUUCAUUUCGACAUCAAACCCCAAAAUAUCCUUCUAGAUAAAAAUUUCAGAGCCAAAGUUGCUGAUUUUGGGUUGCCAAAGCUGAUUGAAAAGGAUCAAAGCAGAGUUGUUACAAGGAUGAGAGGAACACCAGGUUACUUGGCUCCUGAAUGGUUGAGCUCCACUAUCACAGAAAAAGUGGAUGUUUAUAGCUUUGGCAUUGUGAUAUUGGAAAUCCUUUGUGGACGAAAGAACUUUGAUUCUUCGAAGAUUGAGGAAGACAGGCAUUUGCUUAGUAUUUUCAAGAGAAAAGCUGAAGAAGAAAGACUUGAGGACAUGGUUGACAGGAAAAGUGGCGAUAUGCUGAUCCACGUCGAGGAAGCAGUGGAGAUGAUGAGGAUUGCUGCAUGGUGUCUGCAGGGAAAUUUCAACAACAGGCCUUCAAUGUCAUUAGUAGUUAAGGCGCUGGAAGGUUUGCUAGUUCCUGAAACCAAUCAGCUCGACUAUGACUUCACGAAUUCAUCAACAGUUAGGACAGAGGCAGCUGGUGAUCAGGGACAAGUGGUUGUUUAUCUUGGUAGUCCGAUACUGCCUUCAACUUUGUCUGGGCCGAGGUAG